AUGCUGGCGAAAGCCCGCAACUCUUUUAAAACCUCCCACCGCAUGUUCACUAUCCUCGCAGAAACGAUCCACCACCUCCGCAUCCUUCUCGCUAUCAUCCAGCGCCAACACUACGGCGAGGGUAGUAUAAUGAUCAUCGACUGGUACCCAUACUCGCAAGUGAGAUCGCUGUGCCACGAAUUGCCCACCGCGCCCGAGUAUCUCACAGGCAUAGACCCUCCCCUUCCUUGCAUCAUCAGCGAAGACAAGGAACCCCUCGCGUCGAUAUGGAUGCGUUGCAUCGUUGUCGCCAUCAGACACUUGGAUGCACUUUUGACACAGGUGAAAGAGGAGUCGGACGAGAUGUGCAAGAUUUUGUGGGGAACGGUGCCAGCUGUGAGACUGUCGGUGGUGGAGAAGAUACAGGUGCGGCUUGGGCGGCGGGGCGGUGGGUGGGCAGAGAGGGACGACUGGAUGGAGGAGGUAGAUGGGGGAUUGGUGAGGCGUAUGGGGCUGGUCAGGAAGUGGGAGAAGUGGAGGAGUCAGACGUUUCUGUGGCAUAUUCGAAGUCACUUGUGGCUGUUUGACAGGACAUUGGAUACGGUGGAUGCAGAACGAUGGCAGAGUGAGGCCGAUUCGCUGGUGAGGAGACGCAGGGUAUGGACUUACAAGGAGGUUUGA